CAGCAUAGCUUACUCAGGGUCAAAGGCAGUUCUGCCCCACCACCAGCUUUCUUUUACCUACUCCUGUAAGCUGUGAGCACGAGGAUAAUUAAAGCAUCCUGUGGAAAGAUUCUUUAGAUCUAAGAGAGAGGAGCUUCAAAACUCCGUCUGCUGAAACUUAGAGAGCUUUCUGUUCAUCCUGCAGAGCUGAAUCAGGAGCUUUUUGAACAUGGAUAAGUUCAGGAUGAUGUUCCAGUUCCUGCAGGCUAAUCAGGAGUCGUUUAUGAAUGGGAUCUGCGGGAUCAUGGCUCUGGCCAGCGCUCAGCUCUACUCCUCCUUCGAGUUCACCUGCCCGUGUCUCCCGGAGUAUAACCUGCUGUACGGGCUGGGGGUGAUGUUCGUUCCGGCGGUGUGGCUCUUCAUGCUGGGCUUCGUGCUCAACAACAACAUCUCGAUGGUGACCGAGGAGUGGAGGAGACCCGCCGGAGCGCGCACUAAGGAUGCGCGCGUGCUGCGCUACAUGGUGUGCUCCAUGACGCAGCGCGCGCUCAUCGCGCCCACCGUGUGGAUCGCCGUGAGUCUGAUGCACGGGGAGAUUCUGCUGUGCGCGUGCAGCGCCGCCACCGACCUACGCCGCUUCUUUAACCGCAGCCGCGCGCCGCCGCCCGACAGAGAGCUCGCGAGACUGCUCGCGCGAAUUCCCUGCGAGAACGUGUUCGACGCGCACGGACUCAUCUCCCGCGAGGCGGCCACCAGAUACAUCCGGUGCAUGUCUCAGGCCUUUGGGUGGACCUUUUUGCUGAUUAUCACUUUGGUGGCCUUCAUGGUGAGAGGGAUCAGACCAUGCUUUACACAAGCAGCCUUCUUGAAAAGCAAGUACUGGUCCCACUACAUCGAUACAGAGCGCAGGCUUUUUGACGAGACAUGCAGAGAGCACGCAAAGAGUUUCGCCAAGAUCUGUAUUCAACAGUAUUUUGAAGGCAUCAGUGGCGACAUGGUAGCAUUUCACAAGCAUCACCCCCAAUCGGAGCGAAAGAAGGAGAAUAAAGAGGAAGAAAAAACAGCAAGUGAAGAAGAGAAGCUUCUGGGCAUCCAUGAACAGGAGGACAUGAACAGAGUUCUGUGGAACUGGCAUACCUGUAAACCCCCACUUAGCGUUCACAAAAGAGAGAAGAAUGAAAGCACAAGUGAACACUGAGGCAUUCAUGCCCAUAUCAAUGACUGUCAAAGUCUGAUAAACAUUAGGAACGGACCUGUUGCAUAUUAUUUCAAAGACUAAGACUAAAUAAUUAGAUUUGUUUAAACACACAUAGUUUAAUGUUAUUAAUGUUCAUUAUAAGAAUAUGGUCACUACACAGACUUUUAAGUGCAUUAGCAUGUAUAUGGGUGGACCUGUUGAAUAUUAUUGUAACAAAAUAUUAUUCUGUUAAAUAUUUAAUCUAAGAUUAAAUCAUUUCCAAACAAAGAUUUGGUGAAAAGUGCAGCAAGUUUGAAACUAUUUGUUAAAAAGACACCAUAUAUCUGACAACUGAAAAUAUUUGGCAACUGAAAAUGGUUCCCUGAAAAUAGCUAAAGACCAAUUAAUUUAUACUAAAGUCAUAUUAAAGGUUUUCUCAAAAAUGUUUUUAUGCAGCAGUGACACUUUACUGGAUUUUAC